CACGUAACUCGAUGAUAAUAAAUUACAGUUCCCAAACAUAGAUUUGGAUCCUAGUGAACACAUUCUGUUUUUUCUUCUUUCAUUUCCUCUGUUCUCUGUUUCCAUGGCGAUUCGCAAUCUUCUCAACGGACAAUUUCUCAACCGGAGCUCCGUCACCGGAGCUAGAUUCAUGUCUUCAUGGUUCAGGAACAUCGAACCAGCUCCUAAGGAUCCAAUCCUCGGAGUUACCGAAGCUUUUCUUGCGGAUCAGAGUCCAAACAAAGUUAAUGUUGGAGUUGGUGCAUAUCGGGAUGACAAUGGAAAGCCUGUGGUUUUGGAAUGUGUUAGAGAAGCAGAGAGAAGGAUCGCAGGAAACCAAUUCAUGGAGUAUCUUCCUAUGGGUGGAAGCAUACAUAUGGUUCAAGAAUCACUGAAGCUGGCGUAUGGAGACGAUUCCGAGUUCAUCAAGGAUAAAAGAAUAGCUGCAGUUCAGGCUUUAUCUGGGACUGGUGCAUGUCGACUUUUCGCCGUAUUUCAACAGCGAUUUCAUCCCAACACCCAAAUCUAUAUACCAGUUCCCACCUGGUCCAAUCACCAUAACAUUUGGAGAGAUGCUGGCGUGCCUAUAAAGACAUACCGUUACUAUCACCCUGAGUCUAAAGGGUUGGAUUUUUCUGGACUGAUGGAUGACAUUAAGAAUGCUCCAGAUGGUUCUUUCUUUCUGCUUCAUGCUUGUGCUCACAAUCCUACUGGAGUAGAUCCUUCAGAAGAACAAUGGAGAGAGAUCUCUUCCCAAUUCAAGGCUAAAGGUCAUUUCCCUUUGUUUGACAUGGCAUACCAAGGUUUUGCUAGUGGAAAUCCAGAGAGAGAUGUAAAAGCCAUCAGGAUUUUUGUUGAUGAUGGUCAUUUAUUAGGACUUGCUCAAUCAUAUGCAAAAAAUAUGGGACUGUAUGGCCAGAGAGUUGGAUGCCUUAGCUUGCUUUGCGAAGAUCAGAAACAAGCCGUGGCUGUUAAAAGUCAAUUGCAAUUGAUUUCCAGACCCAUGUACAGUAAUCCACCUCUUCAUGGAGCACUUGUCGUUUCAACUGUCCUCAGUGAUCCAGAUUUGAAGAAGUUGUGGCUUAAAGAAGUUAAGGUUAUGGCAGACCGCAUCAUUGGAAUGAGAACUACACUACGAGAGAAUUUGGAAAAUCUGGGGUCUCCGUUGCCAUGGAAUCACAUAACCAAUCAGAUUGGCAUGUUCUGCUACAGUGGGAUGACACCAGAACAGGUUGAUCGUUUGACAAGCGAGUUUCAUAUUUACAUGACUCGUAAUGGUCGUAUAAGUAUGGCUGGUCUUAAUACGGGCAACGUUGGAUAUGUGGCUAAUGCUAUCAACGAGGUUACAAAAUCAGCCUAAAUUAUUCAUUUAUGCAACAUUCCAAAUUUUUGUCCUUUGGAACGACAAAUACCUCAGAAGUAGAAUUAUUGGAGGGAGCAGAAUAAAAGUUGGGCACUAGUGACAAUCUUAUGCCUUUUCACCUUGUUUCAUUUGCGAUUCGACAUAUUGAAUAAUUUGAAAAGUAGAUUGAAUAAGAGGUUUCAUUGAUGAUUAUUCUUACAGUUUUACUAUACUGUGAUAAGGAUUGUUCUUGGCUGUUAAUCUUUACGAUUUUGUUUUUGCUAGAAUGGAUAUAUAAAAGCUUAGAUUGUUUGAGACUCCUUAUAAGUUGAUUGAGACUAAUGACUAAUGAGUGCGACUAAUUUGAUGCCA